AUUCGCUAUUUCGGAAUAAUGAAUAGUAUUCGCAGCUAAAACUCGGAAUAAAGGUUCUGUAUUUCGUGGUGGUUAAAAGCAUUGUGUGGAAAAAAAUAGAAUGGUUUUGGUACCCUCAAUGUUCAGUGCGAGCAAAAUCUUAAAAAAAUUACGAACAUCAACAACUGCGAGAAGCCAUGCCUCGUUUCGCGCGACCAUUAAGGCUCAGCGAAUAGAGGUGGAUAGUCCCCUCGCCGCUUCGCCUUCGGCAAAGAAUUGUUAAGUAAUAUCUCGUCCUUUUUAUUAUGACCUGAAAAAAUAGAAGCCGUCAGAAAUCCGAUAUAAACAAGGGAUCAAGGAACAGCUUUGGUUGAAUGUGAUGUAACAAUGGCAUUAAGGUCACUCUCGAAACACAUCUGGAGGAGUAAUUCUUACAACAAGUGGAGUGCAUGUGGAAUAGCCCAGCAGUUACUCUAUUCAACUGAGCCAGAUCCGCUCACAAAGGAAACUUUAUUUUUCAAACUCCCUGUCAAGGAAAUCUUACCAACUUCUAACGACCCAAUCGCAGGUCGGAAAUGGUUACCAGGAUCCCACGGUCGAGGUUUCCCAAAAUACUUGGCUAAGCCCAGGAAGGACUUCCCGCAUGCAUUAAUGGCUAAAUCCGCUGACAUGUACAGUAUUGACGAAAUCGCCAAAGUCACAAGACAAGUUAUUGAUGAAGAUCUCCCAAAAUGUGGCGCUGUGCUGUUCCGAGGCCUUAAUCUCUACGAAGUACAAGAUUUCGCUCAUUUUUCUCUAGCCUUGGGAUUCAGGAGUAUGGAAUACACGGGAGGGUUAGCAAACAGAGAAGCUGUGGACAGUGAGGCAAAUGUUUACUCUGCAAAUGAUGAUCCAUCAGUGUACACUAUUGAGCCGCAUAAUGAGAUGGCAUACUCCCCUGUCUACCCUAGAAAGCUAAUAUUUUUCUGUGCCGAGGAGCCAGCUGAAGGGUGUGGCGGGUACACCGUCCUCUGUAAAAGUUCUGACUUUUUGCCGAACAUUCACCCCGAUGUGAUAAACAAACUUGGGGAGAAACAGAUCCGUUAUAUAAAUCGAGUGCCAGACAAGGUUCGAUCCAGUUAUAUCUCCUGGCAACAGGUUUUUCAUACCACGGAUAAAAAGAAAGUUGAACACUUCCUUGAGACAAAAGGCUUCACCUUCAGAUGGCAACCUCACACAGGCUCCCUGGAAUAUUGGAUAAUUCUCCCCGCAUUUAUGUCCCAGCCUGAUACCGGUGAGAGAAUAUGGUUCAACCAAGUCCACCUCCACAGUAUGUCGUCCUUCGUGGAAUCCCCCAUGUUCCCCGGACACGGCAGCCUUGAUCAAAUCUACACGUAUGAUUGCCAGUAUGGAGACGGAAGUAAAAUUGAACCGGAAGUACUCGAGCACAUCCGGGGCUGUAUCUGGAAUAGCACGGUUGGAUUCCAGUGGCGCCAGGGAGACAUGCUAUUGGUGGAUAACCUGACGACGCUACACGGGAGACUGGGAUUUAACGGAAAGAGAAAGAUUCUGGCUACAUUACUUGAGAACUAACACAACACAUCCUGAUAAUGUCACUCAAAGACUGAGGGGGGAAAUUUAGGGAAAACCCUCAAAGCUUUCUAUUCGAGCUUUUCCUAAGACUGAGAAAACCAAUCCGGGAGAUAUUGAAAAAUUCUGGCAGCAUGGCCACAAAGAGUGGUAUAAAAGAUGAUCAAAGAUACUUGGCUAUAUAGUUCACGAUUUCGUUAAGCACAUAAUGAAACACCAUCAAUAAAGUUUAGAAACAAA